AUGACGCAAAACUUUGGUGUUUUUCUCAUCAUCAUCGUCGUCCUUUUCCUCCGAACGGUACGCGUCGCUUUGUCGUCACCAUCGUCUCAAAAACUAAAGAGAGAGUCAGACGGCGCAAAACUUCUGGUCGUGAUCGGUUCUGGCGGGCACACCGCGGAGAUGGUGCAUAUUUUGCGGUCGUUUUUGUCAGACGAGAAGAAGACAAAGAAGAGAGAUUAUUUUUCCAAUGUGUUUCCCAAACGAGAGUAUAUCUUCGCGGUUUCGGAUACGACGAGCGUGGCGAAAAUCGAGCGAUUCGAGCGGGAAGAAGUGCAAGGAGGAACGAAUGGCGAGUACAGGAAUCAUUUCGUCCCGAGAGCGAGAGAGGUUGGACAGAGCUAUUUCACGAGCGUUUUUACAACGUUGUUGGCGUUUUGGCACUCUUGGAGAGUGUACUGGAAGACGAAACCAGACGCGAUAUUAACGAACGGACCCGGGACGUGCGUCCCGGUAAUCUUGGCGUGUUUUCUCGGGAAAGUGUUCGGGUAUAACAGCGCGUGUAAAGUGAUGUACGUGGAAAGCGUGGCGAGGACGAGACGGAUGAGCUUGAGUGGGAGAUUGUGUUACGGGUUAAGGUUGGCGGAUGUGGUGUUCGUCAUGUGGCCGGAGUUGAAAGAGAAGUAUCCACGGAGUCGGUAUUGCGGGAGGAUUUAUUAG